AUGGCGUCAUCCGGUCUUGGGAGAGGGUCUCUUCUCCUUGCCCUCUGCCUUCUCCUGGUGCUUUUACCAGGGCGCGCCGCAGCUUUUGGCGCCGGCAACAUUCCCUCCAUCGCGCAGGUCGAGGGUGUCAAUUGGCGUCAUGGAGAUAUCGAGGAUAUGCUCAAGACCAUCGCCUUCUUGAAAGGCAAGAAGUGGACGUCGAUGCUGGUUUCAAGGGUCUACUUCGGCAACUGGCUGCGUGACUACUCUCAGGCUGUCGAUGUUGGAAGCUUGAAGGGAGUCAAUGCUCCCACAAUCAGAAUCUUGGUCUGGGUGCUUUCCUUCAUGGCGUUUGGCUAUGCGACUGAGGAAUUCGAGGUCACUGAGGAGCGCCUCGGCGUCUACCGUCCCGAGGAGCAUAUCGACAACCCCCUUGGGUACGCUGACGGCAUGGACGCACGCAAGUUUGAUCCUCGUCUGCGAGGUCCUGUAGACCCUGUUGAGACCAAAAUCGAUUCUCGCACCGGCAUGAAGAACUAUAUUGCCAACGAAUCAGGUGGUUGGGCAACCAGCGCUGGCUACCUUCGCUUCAGCUUUGCUCGCAGCAUCCACUACGGUCGAGUUUACACGAACGGCUCCCGUGGCUCGGGCAAGGAGGACGAUCUUUGCGAGGCCCUGCGGUGUCUCGGCCAAGCCCUACACUGCAUGGAGGACUUCAGCGCCCAUAGCAACUACUGCGAGCUCGCCCUUCGCGAACUCGGUUAUCAUCAAGUCUACCCCCAUUGUGGCGCCGCCACGGAGAUCGAUCUUCACGGCCGUCGAGUGUUCCCUCUUGUUACCGGAACUUUUGGAGCUGUAGACUUCCUCCACUCGGUCUUGGGCGAGGCUACUGAUCACUUCACACAAUCCGAGGUCGACGAGAUGAACGUAGCGCUUCAGAACGCCGAAGGCCUGACUGGGAACAUAGGAGGUGGUUCUUCUGGAGGCUCCUCAAGUGGUCUGGGAAGCAUACCCGGACUGGGAAGCCUGGGCAAUCUUGCCGGCCUCGGCGGCAACAGUAGCAGCGGCAGCCGUGGACUUUUUGGACUUGGUUCCAGCUCGUCUUCAAAUAAGUCAAAUGACUUCAUCUCCCUUGUUGACCAGCUUCCGGGUAUUGGUGGCGGCUUGGCUAAACAAGCCAAGGAGCUACAAGCCCGAUCGGCUGAACAAGAGCGGGAAAACCAGAAUGUCGGCAACUACUCAAGCAGUCGUGGUGACUUGUCUCGCGACAGCGCCAAUCAAGUACCCGGCAUGAGUACAAACUUCGACCCUGUCAAGACGGCGAAGAAUAUCUACCCUAUCCUCCAGUUCAGGGAUAAGAUCGUCAAGUCUAUCAGCAACCUCAUAUCCAAGGUUCCUGGCCUGGAGAAGUUAUUGGACCAUAUUAGUGAGACACUAACAGCCUUCAUCCUCGGGCUGCUGGCACCUUUCGUGAGACCGAUCAUCAACCAAGUCUCCAAGGUCCUCAAGGAUGGCUCCUCAACCGUCAUCAGUGCAAGUUCCAACUCACAGCUGGAGCCUUGGAAAAAUCCGAGCUGCGAUGACCCAACUCACUCAAUGCUGUCCAAGGACCACUUCACUAACAUUCUCAACUCGUGCGCCGGCAGAGUUGCCGCGACUGUUCUGCAAUAUGUUGUUCCCCGAGUUCUUUAUGCUUGGGAGAAUCCCGGAGUGCCUGUUGACGAGGUUGUCAACGAUGUCCUUCGGGCCUUCCACCACCCGGCUAUCCGAGACGAGAGAAUUGAGAUUCAAAGAAGUAUGUUCGAGACGGUUCGCAAGUGGGUCGACGAAAGCCCUCACAAGCAUGAGCUGUCCCGCCUUCUGUCGUCUGAGUCUGUCAAGGCCGGUAAGAACCAUAUUCUGAGCGGCGAGGCCUCCAGAGGCCACGAUGGUCCCGGCCACUCUCACGGCGCUUGGGACAGCUUUGGCGAGUUGGAGCGAGCAGCCAGCCGUACCCAAGUGGAGGCUACGAAUCUUCUCAAGGCCACGCCUCCGGCUAUCACAGUCAGCCUGAACCGCAAGGCUAUGGUCACCAGCCGCCUCCCCCUCCUCAGGGACAGUGGGGGCCUCCGCAACCUCCUCAGGGGUAUGGCGGACCAGGCUAUGGCGGCCCUGGAUACGGUGGACCACCGCCGGGCCAGUAUCCUCCUUAUCAGCAACCGCAUCACCCCCAUCAUCCGCAGAGUGGUGGCUGGGGACAAUACCCAGGCCAACACCGCUACUAGUCGCGAUGCGUUGUAG